AUGGGAAACAGCUGCCGCUGUCCUGUCCUGCCAGACCGCCCUCUGUCGCGCUCCUCCCAUCGGGCCCUGUCAUCCCGGGACCCCCCUCCAGCCCCCAUGAAGGACCUCCCUCCCCUUCCCCCCCAUCCUGGCACCUGUAUGGUGGACCCCGAAGCCGAGCAGCAGGUGAAGAACAGCAAGCGGGACGCGACCAAGGUGAAGAAGCAGCUGAGCACGGGGAGGCCAAGCUCUGCAGGCGCUGCAACCCAGAACACUAAAACAAAAGGGGCUCAGAGUGGCCCCGCUGCACCCAGAAACACCAAAAACACACCCGCCCGGCCCUCCACUGCAGGCUCUGUGGGCAGUAGGACCCCCCCGGCCGGGACCCCUGUGUACCUGGACCUGGCGUACCUGCCCUCGGGCCGCGGCACCCCCUCCGUCGACGUGGAGUUCUUCCGCCGGCUGCGCUCCUCCUGCUACGUGAUCAGCGGCGACGAGCCCCUCAAGGAGAGCGUCAUGAGGCCCCUGCUGGAUGCACUGCUGGAUGGCAAGGCUCUCUGGGGCAGCAACGUGCAGGUGACUUUGAUCCCGACAUUUGACUCGCUGGUUAUGCACGAGUGGUACCAGCAGACCCACGAGCGGCAGCGUGAGCUGGCUGUCACUGUGCUGGGCAGCAACAGCACGGUGGCCAUGCAGGACGAGACCUUCCCAGCAUGCAAAGUGGAGUUCUGAGCGCCCCCGAAUCCAGCACGGACCUUUACCCAACACACCCCACCCCCCAGUCCCCCUUUACUCAAACAGCUACAGCCACCAGUGAAACACAACCAGCCCUUUCAAGCUUUUCCUCACUCCAGCGGUCAGCUGUUGGAGUACUGCACGCAGCUCUGCCGAGUUUACAACGCCACUCCCUUUCACCAAGUCACUCUUGUGUUUUGAGAAACCGCACUGGGCCGUCUUUAAGAAAUGACCUGCAUUUGACAUGACAAGAAGUCUCCUUUCUUUUUCACAGGGUCAGACUCUCUCUGUAAUCGCAACGUCGGGCGGUGUUUUUCUUUUGGUUUCGGAAAGGCGGCAUUGCAUUUUCCUGCCUCGUGGAUCAGGCCCAAACUCUGCAGCAGACAUGACUUCAGCAAAUUCUGUGACGGUUUGAACUGAUUUUUCCUAAGGCUGUGUUCCUUUUAAGUAGUACAGUAUAUCUUCGAAACAAUGUACCUGGGAUCAGGGUUAAAAAUUAGACGUAGCUUCAAAAUCACCUUUCUGUCAUUUUGAUGUCAAAAGAGAUAAAAAAAAAAGUUGAAGAGCGUUUCACUUUUUUUUUUUUUUUUUUUUUUUUUUUUUAAAGACUAAGCCCUCCCUUCUCACUCCCCACUCCCAGUGGUUUCUUUCGGCCGAUUUCCCCGUGCAGCGCUGGGGCACGGCAGCCCUGUACACAUGGCAGAAGGACACCCUUUUGAGAUACACUUUAUAUUUUUUUUAUAUAUAUAUAUAUAUAUAUAUAUAUUCGCUUCCCCACUAGAGUAUAACUGGGUGAUGCUGUUGCAGAUUGGAGUCCCUGUGGAUUGGGUUUCUUCACCACCCUCGGAAAGCAUUCACUUGGACGCAUUAAGGCUGUUGCCGCAGAAUGUACGACCCAGCCACGUGGUUUUAUAGGACUUGCUGUAUUAGUAGUGUUAGUGGACCAGUCUUGUACCUUUCCCAGAGCGAGCUCUGUAGUGCUGUUCCUGGUUUCGUUCGUAUAUAUGUUGUGUAACUGCAGUAUACUGUAUUAUGGUAUGGGGUUGGGAAGUCAAUGAUCCAACUGCCCCUUGAAGAUUAACUGUGUUACCCGUUCUGUAUGAUAACUUCUUAAUGCAAUCACUGGUUAACUAGUUGCAUUUUACUUUCCCACAAUAUAAUCUACCAGUAGUGCACAAACCAAUUCUUGGAUUAUUCCGUUCAAGCUCUCCACAGGUGAGGGCUGAUUAAUCCUAGCAGCUGUUUCUUCACCUCCUUUCCCUUUUGAAUGGCCAGUUAGCUCAAUCAACAGCAAGGAAAGAAAGCAAUGAUAAGGUGUAUGGCUUUCUUUCUUUCUUUUUUUUUUUUUUUUAAUAUUUUAGUUUGUUGCUGGAGGGGGAUAAACGUUCUUGCAGUCAUGUCACUUCCUCUAACGUUUUAGAAGCCACUUGCACCAAUUUGCUUAUCUUACAAUCGGUUGCGAUAUGGGUUUUAUAAGACUUUUUUAAUGUUUCGAGUCUGGGUUUCGUUUAGUGCCUGAAUGUAACGUAUUUACACAAGUAACUUUAAAAGUGAAAAAAAAAAGGUAUCUCCACAUUUGUGACGUGUCCCUGUCCCGUGUUUCAGUAAUUUCUAGAGUAAUGCUGUAGAGUGUAGCGGGCUUGUGUCUUGUACAUUUGUUAUUGACGCUUACAUUAGCCUAAUCUGUACAUACAUAAUGCAUGCACUUCAAAUGAGAUAGGGAGGUGCAGUACACCGGGAGCGUUUGGAGCUGAAGAAAGCGAUCGAUGCGCUUUGAGGAACUGUCUGUCGAAAGGCUGCAAGUCUUAAGGCAGUUAAAAGUUUGGAUAAAGGGAGUCAUGCUAGUUUUUUUGGCCGGGUUGUACUCCGUUCAAGACUUUUGCUCUGUUCCGACUCUUAUAAAGAUCACUCUUGAUGAGGUGGUUAAUGGGCUGGAUAGCUGAAGAGCAUGCUGUACCCAACAGAAGCUGACACACAUUUCAUGGUUCGGUCAAGCGGUACAAAGGCCAAAUUGGGAAUUGCUAAAAAAUUGAAAUUGGAAAGAUAACAAAAAAACAAUCUCCCUCGCAUUUCAUACUUUUAUUCCCUCUACUCGUGAAGGUGUAUAUUAAAUAUAACUUAUCCUAAAUUUAAUACAGCACAUAUUUACUAUAACCUUAGAUUAGCUUUAUAAAUAUGAUUGUGUGUGGGGGUUUUUUUUUUCCAAAUAUUUUGAGGAAAUGAACGGGGCCUUAAACAGACAAAAUAUAGAAUAUUAAUGAACAAUUCAGCAUGUUGGUGACGUCCUGUUAUGUAUAUUGCUAGGGGCAACAACAGAGGCCUGUUAACUUCCAGGGCAGUGUAGAAGCCUGGGACGUACCUUCUUUACAUGUGCAGUAAUAGAUAAAAGCUGUGACCUUGGUAUUUUUUUUUUUUAAAUUAUUUAACUUUGUACAAUUAUUCAACAUGUAUUCAUUUAAAUUUAAUGUAAGAAAAAAGCAAAUUCCAUUGCCCAUCUUAUUUAUUUUUGUUUAAAUUAAUAUAUUGUUUUUUUUUUGUUUUGUUUUUUUGCAGUAUGAAAUAAUUCAAUUUGAUUCUGUAAACUGUAGGAAUAACCAGUGCCUACUAUUUGAAUUAGCCCUUUCCCCUUAAAGGUCUAGUCUAAAGCAUCAGAUCUGUUUGGCAAUGUGUCAUAAUAAACACAUGCCACCUGGUGGACAGUUAUGGUAAUUGUGACACGAAACUCUGCUAUUGCCACAUGUUGACAAUAUUUACAUCUAAUUUAAAAACAAAUCUGAAAAGAAGUAAUCAUGUUUGGUUAUUUGAAGUAUUGAAUGUUUGUAGCUGUAUCACAGUGUAAGAAUCUAUCCCCCUGUGGGCUUUUUAGGUGCAAGGUGAGAAGCUUGUGACUUGUCUGUGCAUUUGACAAGAGAGGGGAAAGGGGUGUAUUUUAAUGAAGGCUGAUUCAGUAUUGAACACUAAUUUUGUUUUUCUUUCAAUAAAUAUGCUGCUUUUAUAGCCCCAUUAAG